AUGAAAGAAUUCAGUAGAGUAAAAACAAAGUUUUGUAUGNAAAAGAUAAAUAAAAAAUUUUUUAGUGGUGGUGGAUUGUAUAAUGAAUAGGGCCAAAGGAAUGGUGAAUGGAGAGAGCUGAAAGAUGGAUUUGAAAAUAAUUAACAAGUCAUUCUCAAUGGUGAAUAUAAAAAUGGUAACAAAAUUGGUAGAUGGGAUAUUUUUUUUAAAGUGGAAGAAAGAGAAACUUAUGAAUUAAUGUAUAAAUAAUAGUAAAGGUUUUAGCGGCGGAGGCUUGUAUUAUGAGGUAUAAGGAGGUUCAAUAAAGGCUGGGUAGUGGAUUGAGUUAGAUGAUGAUUUUGAGUUUAAUUAAUUAUACACUUAAAAAGGUGAAUAUAAAAAUGGAAAUAAAGUUGGCACAUGGGUGAAAAUGGAUAUUAGGAAAAAAUAAUUGUGA